AUGCACGAGUACUCUAUCGAACGCCGAAUCUGGCUCAUACUGUUUGGCCACACUGAUGCCAAGCCGUUCCCUGGCGUCAAUCCAUUGAUCGAGUAUAACCUGAAGUACCAGCAGCUUCAAGAAGCACGACAGGCUUAUGAGGAUAAAGGCCAAGAGCUUGACAACAAGCUCGAACUCAUCAAGAAGCUCUCUGACGAGGCGAUGGAGAUUCAGGAUGCAUCCAUAGAGAAGCAACGAAAGAUGUAUAAGUGGGUAUACAGAGCAAUCACCGUCGACGUGGUGAUCACCGGACUGUAUUAUGGUCAUCUCAAUGGUUUUAACCAGCAUGAGGAACACACGUAUCUGAUGCAAAUCCGGAUGGCAAUGCGACGGAUCAUCACUCGUUUGGGUGUUGGCAUUACCCAGAUGCAGAGGGAGCAUCAGGAGAAGCUCAAUGCUCUUAGGAAGCUCAAGGUUGAAGUGGAUAGGCUUGAUGUGGAGAUUUCUGAUAAGGAGGCCGAGUUGGAGAGAAUACGCGCGGAGUGGAAGGAGGUCCGAGCCACUUUCUACAGUGUCAAAAAGCCACAAUACGGAGAGCAGGUUCGCCGGGAGAGAGUCGAGGUUUUCAUUAUUGGACAGACCUCCACAGGGGACGAAUGGGCCUGGAUGGCACCAAAGGAGUCUCGGAGGUCGUGUGAAUCUGCAUUGAGAGCCGAGAAUGGUCUGAAUAGACCCUCCUUGCCUGCAGUAUGCAAGAAACAAGUUCAUCUGGCCAUUGAAGGCCAGCCCAGAUCUUCUUCAAGUCGACGACCAGCUAAAGCUAGCUCAGCAUCAAUGCAUUAA